CGUUCAACUCAUCUGUAACAGAAAUAGCCACAAAUUUUCAUUAGUUUUGUUGUUUUCCCUAAUUUUUGGUACUCGAACUGAUCUAAAUUAUGCCUGUGUAAUGCUAGAAAACAUAUCAUUGUGUGUGAUCAAAAUCGAGACCGAUUUGGAGGCCAGUGCAGAUUCAGAAGGUGCCGUUUCCUCCGAACAUCCCACCAAUCCACGCUUUCUCAAGGAACGGGAACGCGAUCGCGGACUGCGUCAGGCCCGCGACAUCACCAUCGAAACCUACAUCAACCAGCGCUGGUCCAGGGAGCUGAGUGCUGACAAGAAUACGGAUACGGAGGGCAAUAAGAUGAACUGGGCAGCAGCCCUGCAGCAUGUAAACAGCCCUUCGGCGGGCAGCUCUCGUGAAACCACUCCACGCAACGGUGAUGAGACCGGUGGACCACAAAUGACCUCUUCGAAGUUUCCAUUAGAGAUUGGCUACUUUUCGGGCAAUCCCAUUGUCGAAGUGACUAAGGGCCUCAUCCAUCUGUACAAGAAGAACGAACGCAAGGCCAUCAAGGAGGCGCCGUCAAAUCAACUCUGCCUGCUGGCCGUGCCAGCCACUCUCAACUGCCACGAUCUGCUGAACUUCAUCGCCCCUUGUCAUGCUGAGAUUAAGCAUGUACAAAUCGUGCGUGAUGGCAGUCCCAAUCAAUUUAUGGUGCUUCUAGAAUUCCGCUCCAAUGAAUCGGCUUUGGAGUUUUACAAGUCGUACAAUGGCAUCGCCUAUAACUCUCUCGAACCCGAUUCGCUAUGCCACGCGGUUUGGGUUUCCGCAGUGGAGCGUGGUGAAAACGGAGCGCCACCGAUAGGACACACGGAACUGCCCACUUGCCCUGUAUGUCUGGAGCGCAUGGACGAGAGCGUGGACGGAGUGCUUACGAUUCUGUGCAACCAUGCAUUCCACGCCAGCUGCCUGAUGAAAUGGGGUGACUCCACAUGUCCAGUAUGCCGUCAUGUACAAACACCAGAGCUGAUCGAGGAUUCGGUGUGCAUGGAGUGCGAGGGAACGGACUCCCUGUGGAUCUGUCUAAUCUGCGGCCAUGUAGGCUGCGGUCGCUACCAGGGUGGACAUGCUGCGGCCCAUUAUAGAGCCACCAAUCACACUUUUGCCAUGCAACUGGGCACCUCCAGCGUGUGGGACUAUGCUGGCGACAAUUUCGUCCAUCGCCUCUUUCAAAACAAGUCCGAUGGCAAGCUGGUUGCUUCGCAAACUGAAAAGGAUGAACGCGAGGAGAAAAUUGAUUCAAUGCAAAUGGAGUUCACCUACCUGCUGACAUCACAGCUCGACACGCAGCGUAAGUACUAUGAAGAGCGUAUGGAGCGUCUCGAGCAAGAGUGGCAAAACUUUCAAGCGAAAGCCAAUGAAACCAAGUCGGAGAUGACAGAGCUGCAGCAGCUCCAACAGAACAUGCUAAAGGAGAAACAAAAUUUAGAGCGAAAGCUAGCCCAACACACUGUCAAACUUAAGGAAGCACAAAAACAGUUGAAUGAAGAACGCGAGCUGUGCAAAGCCCUGCGGGACAACCAGAUCUCUUGGCACCAACAGUAUAAGAUCCUGGAGAAGAAAUACACCGACUUUAAACAAGCCCAUGAUGCCGAAGUCACCGAUCUGAAGGAGCAGCUUCGCGAUGUUAUGUUUUUCCUGGACAACCAACAAAAGAUGGCUAAUUCGGAACUGGCCGGAGCAUCCAUAACCGGAAUCGGCGAAAAAGAUCCAGAGCCGAGCUCCCGUCGCGGCAAUCGUCGCAAGAAAUAGAUUCAUUAUAUGGCCGACACGAGUUACAAAGUUCAUUAAUCAAUUUGUGAGGGUUCGCAAGACGAAUACAAUUAAUUAACAGCUCUAUAUGUGAUUUCAUUUGUGAAGAAAAGCCGAAGAAUACAAUAUUUCUAAUGUUUACUACC